AUGAUUGUCUUCUACUUCUUACAACUCGCUGUCCUUGCAGCCGCAGUCGCUAUCAACGACCCUCCACUCAAUUUCGGUCCGUUCUGCUGCACUCCUUCUCCAGUCUACAAUAACGGUACCAAAGCCACUAGUUGGGUGGAGUAUUUCGAAGAGCUCGAAAAGACCUCUGGCCAGAACGGUCAGGGCGCCACUGACGCCUGGAAUGCUAACCCCGGACCGAUUCCUUGGCCGCGCAAUUCAGAGAACAAGGUCGUCAUCCCGUACUGCUUCACGCAGGAGUGGGAUCGCAAGAACAUCCGUCAUAUCACCGAGAGCGGUAUGGAUAAAUGGAUCGAGUAUCUUGGUGGUACCGCAGGUAAAGACUCCGGCCACGCUAUCAGCUUCAAAGAGCGCCUAGAUAGCAAGGGAAAGCCAAUGUACUGUGCACUCGUCAAGAAGUAUCGCGAUGGCUGGAACGCAGGUAUACCCUACGACACAGUGGCGAUCGAGUUCAUGGAUGGCGGUGGCUGGGGCGGUUCCGUUGGACUGACGCAAAACGGCAAGCCCUGGCAGAAUCUCGUCAGGCUUUCUGAUAGCUUCACGCUUGGUGGCGUCCUGCAUGAACUUGGCCACGUACUAGGCCAGGCACAUGAACACAACCGCGAAGAUCGUGACACUUAUGUCAAAGUCCAGUACAAGCAACUUGCCGACUGGGAGGACGCAAGUAGCAUUCACAUGUAA